AUGGCGACACGCCAGGAGCUACUCGAGGACGUCCAACAUAAUGACACCCUGCGGCGCGAACGACAGAAGACGCGAUAUGACAGAAGCAUCACCGCAGACACCACCUUCCACCCUAGACAAGCAGUGAUGCUCGAAGACACCUCCAACAAGGGAAAGCGUCGCAAGCUGGAGGCCACAUUCAGAGGCCCAUACAUCGUGACCGGAUAUGGGGGAGAGCACAGGAGGUCAUACACCCUCAGGCAGCUGAACGGCAAGCCCAUCAAGGGUCACUUCUAUGGAGACCACCUCCACCUCUUCAAGGCGCGAUGGGGACACCUGAUACCACCCAAUGAGGCGCUGUUUCCUGAGUAUCAGCUGCUGAGAGAGCCACGGCGGAGGCCAGAGACUCGGGUGGCGUCAGCCUCCUGA